AUGUUCCGAGUGUUACUGCCUGAUAUCACAAUGGACAUGUUUCUCCUAGAUUGCAUCCACAGGCUCCCCAGACCGCAACACCUGCCACCCACCACUCCAAGGGAUGUCCUCAUGAGACUCCAUUAUUAUCAUGUCAAGGACCAAAUACUACGGGCACAUAGAACCAAAAAGAACCUACCUACUCAGUUCAAAGACAUUCUCAUGUUUAUGGACUUAUCCGCAGAAACACUACGCCGGAGGAGAUCUUUUAAGAUUAUAGCGGACGCACUGAGAUCCCACAAUGUCCCAUACCGCUGGGGCUAUCCUGCCAAACUCCUUAUUUCAAAAGGAGGCAAGCUCACAGUUGCAGCUACACCAACAGAGGGAAUGGACCUACUGAAAGAGUGGGGUAUGUCUCGGAACCUGCAACCACCCCCUCGGGACCACGGAAAAACCCUAACUGAAGAUUGGCGUCCCCUGAAAACAAGAUGCAUGUCCCCAAGAGAAGACUGAUGAUGCUCGGUGAAACACAACAAGUUCUAAACAAGUUCAAUUUAAUAUUUACCUGUUAUGCAUUGGGUUAAAAUGUGAUGAUUAUACAGAUAAUCUAUAUACUUAUCUUGUGCCCCUAUGACCUACCCUCCUUAGCAGAGGCGGGGCAGUUAAUAUGUAACCCCAAAGAGCCCUACCAAAACCCUUCAUCAAUUAAAACAGAGCACUGCCUGCCGACUGCCGACCUUUAUGGUCAUUGCCUCUUCCGCCAAUCUAUCACCCUCAGAGGCGUUAGCUGCUCCAACCACUAAAUAUUAAUUACCAAAGAAUGGUCGGAGGAAAGGGGAUUCACGUUGAACCCGAGGUAAUCUCUGCUCGACCCGACCCGACCACAUUACCCCCACUUAGGAAGUGCCAAGCUCAGUCACUGAAAGAUACUUUUUUUUAAUUAUUGUUUGAUUGUUUAAUUGUUUAAUUUGUUUUACGUUUCUCCACAAUUUGUAUUGUGCACCUGGUACCACUCCCUAGACACCAAGACACGGCUACCCACUGACCGUACUAUACUGACGAACAGACCAGACAUACCAGCAGGCCCAACACCCCAACAGAACUGUGACCACCUCCUCCCCACUACACAGAGAAAUAACCAUACCACAUUACAAAAGCUUAUCACGACACAUACCCCAAGCACACAACCACGAAACAUAAAAAUAAUUACUCAUAAUGUUCGUGGCUUGAACUCGCCCAAUAAAAGACACACUCUCCUUAAAGAACUCAACAACACACAAGCGGAUAUCGUCUGCUUACAGGAGACACACUUCAAACAAAACUCUAACCCCAUUCUGGGACUCAAACACUUCCUCCAUCAGUUCCACGCUACCUCCCCGACCAAAAGCAGGGGAGUGUCGAUUUUACUAAGCCACACUCUGGCCUUCGACCUAAUCUCAAUGGAACCCGACCCACAAGGCAGAUUUAUCAUCCUAAUAUGCACCUUGAACAAUUCCACAUACACGAUAGUGAACUCUUACUCGCCAAACGACAACCAGGAUACCUACCUGGCCUCCCUCCUGGACAAAAUAGAAAAGCUCCAAACAGGCACCAUGAUCAUCUGUGGGGACUUUAACCACAUUCUGAACCCUAAUGCAGACUCCACAGCCCAACACUCAAAAAAAAAACCUUCACAAAUAUUGCAACUCCAUGAACAAACUACUGGCAUCGCACGGUCUCUAUGA